AUGCUCCUCCUCGGGCUGCUCCUACUGACAUCUGCUCUGGCCGGCCGGAGGCAAGGGGCCGCCGCCGAGUCUGACCUCAGCAGCAAGUUCGUCUUCUCCGGCGCCAAGGAGCAGAACGGCGUGCAGGACCCUCAGCAUGAGAAGAUAAUUACUGUGACUACUAAUGGAAGUAUUCACAGCCCCAAGUUUCCACACACAUACCCACGCAAUAUUGUACUAGUGUGGAGAUUAGUAGCAGUAGACGAGAAUGUAUGGAUACAGCUUACUUUUGAUGAAAGAUUUGGGCUUGAGGACCCAGAAGAUGACAUUUGCAAGUAUGACUUUGUAGAAGUUGAAGAGCCUAGUGAUGGCACUGUUUUAGGGCGCUGGUGUGGUUCCAGUAGUGUGCCAAGCAGACAAAUCUCCAAGGGAAACCAGAUCAGAAUAAGAUUUGUGUCUGAUGAGUAUUUUCCUUCUGAACCUGGAUUCUGCAUUCAUUAUACAAUUCUUAUGCCACACCACACAGAAGCACCUAGCCCAUCAUUGCUACCCCCAUCAUCUUUGCCAUUAGAUGUAUUAAACAAUGCUGUUGCUGGGUUCAGCACUGUGGAAGAACUUAUCCGGUACCUUGAACCAGAUCGGUGGCAACUGGAUUUGGAAGAUUUGUACAGGCCGACAUGGCAGCUUCUUGGAAAAGCGUACAUUCAUGGGAGGAAAUCAAGAGUGGUGGAUCUCAACCUCCUAAAGGAAGAAGUGCGGCUGUAUAGUUGUACUCCUCGCAACUUCUCAGUGUCACUAAGGGAGGAGCUGAAGCGAACCGACACCAUCUUCUGGCCAUUGUGUCUUCUGGUUAAGCGUUGUGGUGGAAACUGUGCCUGUUGUCAUCAGAGCUGCAAUGAGUGCCAAUGUGUACCAACAAAAGUCACCAAAAAAUACCACGAGGUUCUUCAGCUGAAGCCAAGGAUUGGUGUCCGGGGAUUGCAUAAAUCUUUGACAGAUGUACCCUUGGAACACCAUGAGGAGUGUGACUGUGUGUGCAAAGGCAAUACUGAAGGAUAA